CAAUAUCCGAGAGCUUCAAGUCACAUUGUUGUAUAAUGCUGCAACGAAAUUUACAAAAGUUAUUCAAUUUGUUUCAAGUUCAAUUUAUUCUCAAACAAAAUGUCACCCGGCAAGCAGCUUAAACAGCUUAAAAAACUCUAUGAAGACGUCUAUGCAUAUCCACCAAAGCAACCAGCACCCAAGACUAAAUACAUAGCCUGUGGCAAGCAUCCUUUUUAUGAUGAUGAGAAGCAGUCGUAUCAGCCUUGCUGGAAAGUGCCAGCGGGCAUGACUAAGGCAGCGCAGUUUGGACCCUGUUGGGAUUAUGCGCCUGCAAGCUACAAGCGUUAUCCCUUGCCUGCGCCCUGUCGUGGCUCAGUUAUACCAGCACAUCUGCUUAGACCGGAGUUUGAGCACUGCGAAACGCUUUACACGCGCUACGACUUUCAGCUGGAGCAGUGUGUGCAUCAGCAGAUUCUGCACGUGGAAAGGCUUUUCAGCAAAGCUGAGCAAACAUUGACGCAGGCCAAGGAGCUGCAAAUUGAAAAGGCCAAGCAUAUGCGUUAUCAUGCUAUAAGACGUCGCUUGCUAAUUGGCUCGUCCUGCGGCAUUAAAAUCUAUCCGCAGUACUUAAGUCAAAUGGCAGAAACACGUGCGCUUUGUGAAUUUCAAAAGGCGCAUAAUGUUGUUAAUGAAUCAAACGCUAAGCUAACUGCUGCUGUUAUGGCCAUACGCGAUGCUAUGCCGGAGCUGCGUUCGCGCAUGGACAAACUGGACCGUUCGCUCAAGAGUCCUUUCGCUUUGAGCCUAGACAAGGUGCUCAGCACCAUACAGGAUUUGUACAACUAUUUCUUUGAGGUUAUGCGCAAGCUUGUCACCUGGGCGCAGCUGCUAGAUGCUGCCCAAGAGCAUAGCGUGGAUGACUACUUGGCGCUGCUGCGUGAGGAGCGCGACUUUGAGAGUUUUCUUUAUGCCGGCACCGAGCACUGCACUUGCAUGCGUUGCUCUAAUAAAAAUCCGUUUGAUGCGCAUUUGCCCUGCUGGUGUCCGGAGUGCACGCCACGCAAGCCCACAGUUAGUUUGCAAUUGGAUAACUACAUAUGCCAUAAGAAAAUUGAUGCCAAGUUGAAGUCCAGCGAUAGCGGCUUUAUAGAGGAGCAAAGUGAUACCUCCUUGCUAAUGCAGGAAAUGGAGCAAGCUAAGCUGCUAGAAGACGACUACGACUAAAAGUAAAUAAAAUUAUAUUUUGUGUGUCACAUGCUA